UAGAGACUGAAAUGGUUUCCAUUCUUUCCUCCUUGUAACAGAUUGAAUCAGAGGAAAAAGUACGAGUUGCCAGAGAAGCAGUCGACAAGAAGCCAGGGAAUAAUACAGGUCCAGUUCUCAACUACACGAACUGUGUCUAUCUCUAUGCAGAUUCAGUUUCAAUCAGAACCUAUGUGAUUGAUGGAAAGCCUCUCAACCAGAAAGUGAAACUUCACCAAGUCAAAAGGGUAACACCAACUUGUGGCAAGGACCAGGCCACCAUCGAUGUAACAUUUGAGGACACUGAUGUCUUGACCAAGGUUACCCUCAGGAUGGAGUUCAAGAAGAAAUGGGGAAACAGCUGGCGAAUGAGUGGCUUCAAUGUGACCUUCACAGCCAAGGUCAACUCUGUGGAUCUCCCUGAGAAGACAUUGAGGCUUCACACCAAUGAUGUUGUGGCUCCCAUGAACAUGUCCUUUCAAUGCCAGGACCCUGAUCCCUUCGCAACUCGCAACCCAAAGGAGUACGAUAUGUCUGUCUCCCUUAUUGGACUCCAGGUGCAAUGGAGUGGGUCAGAAAGCAAAGUCCCAUCUGUAGGAGAGGCAGAGACGUGCUCGCUUUUCAUGACCGUCCCGAUCCUGUCGGGACUGUUUAUCACGCUCAUCUUUGCCAUCAUCAUGUGGUGGGCCCUUUCCAACAUAAUGUCUAUCACAACCAUUGACCAGUUUGACGACCCCAAGGGCAAGACCAUCACUGUGCCGCAGACCAGCGAAUGAACCCAUCUCUACGAGCCAUUCCUUGUUGCUUCAACAUUCCCUUGAAUUUCAUUGACCUUGGUCUCUAUACAAAAGUCACAAGAUUGAGAGGCCUGGGUUUGCUCUCCCAUUUGAGUGAUAUUUCCAUUUGAGUGAUUAUCUAUAGAGUUGGAACUUUCCCAUAUUUCAUAUGUCCCCUGAAAAUCUUCUGAGACAACGCAUGGGAAUACAUUCUGCUUCAGAUUUUGUCCCAAGGGUGAUAGGUUGUGAAUGGACCUGAAUCAGAGUAAUGUCUUUCUAUGAUGUAACUGUGAGAACAAUGGAAGCAAGUGUUUUCUCAUUUAAUUUGUACCAUUUAUGUUUAUCAGUUGAAGCCAUUAUGAUAGGAAAGUUCCAGCCCUAAUUCUGUGCAAUCAGUGGUAUUCUCGUGUGGAUUCUUGUUUGAAGUAACAAAAAUCAACUCCCAUCAGUGAGUUCUUACCCAAUGUAGCUGAAGGAAGGAGCCCAUUCUAUCCCCCCCCCCUGUAUCCCUCUGCAUAGUGUGCUCUAGUCGUCCAUGGUUUCCCAAUAGUGUGAUCAUCCUAGAUUUUAUGCCAUCUCUGAGAUUGAAAGCUGU